GAAUCUUUGCCUAUAAAAGGAUAGAACUCCCAAGCAAAACCAAGUGUAACUGCUAGCUAGGAAGAAGUUCAAUAACAACAUAUUUUCCCUAAGGCUUUUCUUUUCAGUUUUUCGAGUUCUUUUCAGUACUGUGUUGAAACAGUUGGAAAGAAAUGGAGGAAAAGAUAAUUUGGACAAUUGCAGAUGCUGUAAACUACAAGGGUCUCCCUGCUGAUAGAUCUAAAACUGGUGGUUGGGUGCCUGCUGCCCUCAUCCUCGGGAUCGAAAUUAAUGAAAGGCUCUCAACAAUGGCGAUAGCAGUAAAUCUAGUUACGUACUUGGGUGGUACGAUGCAUCUACCAAGUGCAGCAUCAGCCAAUAUAGUGACAGAUUUUAUGGGCACAGCAUUUCUCCUCUGCCUCCUUGGAGGUUUUCUUGCUGAUUCUUUCCUUGGAAGAUACAAAACCAUUGCAAUCUUUGCCGUUAUACAGUCACUGGGAACAGGCAUGUUAACAGUGACAACAGGCUUGCCACAGCUGAGGCCACCUCCUUGCCAUUCACGCGAGAAGUGCAAACCAGCAAAUGCAUUGCAGAUGGGAAUUCUAUACAUAUCCUUAUAUCUAAUAGCACUAGGCACUGGCGGCUUAAAAUCUAGUGUCUCUGGAUUUGGAACCGAUCAAUUUGAUGAGAAAGAUGAGAAGGAAAAAUCACAAACGGCCCAUUUUUUCAAUAGAUUCUUCUUAUUCAUCAGCAUAGGAACUUUGGCAGCCGUUACGGUGCUUGUUUAUGUUCAAGAUGAAGUUGGAAGAAGCUGGGCUUAUGGUAUUUGCUGCAUAUCCAUGUUAAUUGCUAUCAUAAUCUUCUUUUCGGGCACUAAAAGGUACCGCUACAAGAGAAGUUCCGGAAGUCCGAUAGCUCAAAUAUUUCAAGUCAUUUUGGCUGCAAUAAGAAAAAGGAAUAUGAAUGUUCCUUAUGAUGUUGGCAUGCUUUAUGAGACUAAUACAGAGGCUUCAAGAAUCCAACACAGUGAACAAUUUCGGUUUCUGGACAAGGCUGCUAUUGUAGAAGAAGGAGAUUUUGAGGACUAUGCAAACUCUAAUCCAAAUCCAUGGAAGUUGUGCACAGUGACCCGGGUGGAGGAAGUAAAAAUGAUGGCUAGGCUAAUCCCAAUUUGGGCCACAACUAUCCUUUUCUGGACAACCUAUGCACAAAUGAUUACAUUUUCAGUUGAACAAGCAGCAACCAUGGAACGAUCUGUUGGCGAAUUCAAAAUUCCAGCAGGGUCUCUUACUGUGUUUUUUGUGUCCGCCAUCUUAUUCACUUUGACAAUUUAUGAUCGAUUUAUCAUGCCAUUAUGGCAAAAAUUGAAGGGAAAACCAGGUUUUACCAGCCUUCAAAAAAUAGCCAUAGGGCUUGUGCUUUCUACCAUGGGAAUGGGAAUAGCUGCACUAGUUGAGAUGAAAAGGUUGUCAGUGGCAAAGUCUAUGGGGCGCAACAUAUCAUCAUUGCCUAUUAGUGUAUUCUUUUUAAUUCCACAAUUCUUUUUAGUUGGAGCUGGGGAAGCAUUCAUAUACACAGGCCAACUCGAUUUCUUCAUAACACAGUCACCAAAAGGGAUGAAGACUAUGAGCACUGGGCUUUUCUUGACAACCCUUUCUCUUGGUUUCUUUUUUAGUAGUUUCUUAGUCUCUAUUAUCAAGAAGGUGACAGGAAGCAAUGGUGGUUAUGACUGGCUUGCUGACAACAUAAAUUACGGAAGGCUUGAUUGUUUCUAUGGGAUUCUUGCUAUAUUGGGUGUCAUAAACUUUGUGCUUUAUCUAAUCUGUGCAAUAUGGUUCAAGCCAAGGAAGUCUAAAUCUGCCAUAAAAAUGGAGACUAUGAACAAUGGAAAUGUUGCUGAUGACAGAUGCUAGGAUUUAGUUGAUGUCAUUCAAUCAUCUUCUCUUACUUUUAUUCAGUAUUGUAUAGUGAGAGGAAGUGUUGUCUUUCUUUCAUGUGCUCUAUCUAUUAUCAUUGGUGUUUGAUUGAUUUCA